AUGAUUUGGAGGGUUGUGCUGCUUUGGAUGGAGAACCAAACCUCGGUGAUUCCUCUCAAACAGCCGAUUGUUUUUGAACUGGAGGGCUUUGAUGUUCAACCAGGCAACGGACCGUUCUUGUUUCUGUUGGCUUUGCUCGCCUACAUAGCGGUGUUACUGGGGAACGGUGUGGUGAUCUGUGUUAUUAUGACUGACAAGAACCUGCACAGGCCCAUGUUUGUUAUGCUCUGUCACCUCAUGGUCUGUGACCUGCUGGGGGCCACAAUGGUGCUUCCUCGCCUCAUGAUGGAUCUGCUGAUGGGGCUGAAGAAGAUCGCCUACAUCCCAGCCAUUCUCCAGGCAUUCUGCGCUCACACAUAUGUUACAACAAUGGUUAACCUUUUAACUGCAAUGGCCUAUGACAGGUAUGUGGCAGUGUGUGAACCUCUCAGGUAUCACUCCAUCAUGACUUCGGCUCGGCUGCACAGCUGCUGCGCUGUGGCCUGGAUCGUUGCUCUGCUGCUCAUCGCUGUGCUCUUCUCCUUCCACAUGAACGUCCCACUGUGCGGCCAUAUAGUCCAAAAUGUCUAUUGCAGCAACCGGGGAAUCCUGAACCUGGCCUGCAUUCCCACACCUGCCAACAACAUUUAUGGUCUAACUAUCAGCUGGACUAUAAGUACAGUGAGCUUCAUUCUAAUUGCUUUUUCCUACGUCAGAAUCCUGAGUGUGUCCUUAAAGCAAGGCAGAACAAACUGCAGCAAACCCAAUAAGGCUGUUCAGACCUGUGUUCCACACAUUGUUGUUUACGUUCUCUAUAACAUCACUGGAUUGAUAUUAAUAUUGAGUUACAGGUUUCCCUCUCUUUCCCAAAAUAUAAAAAAGUUCUUAAGCAUCCUGGUCUAUAUCAUUUCCCCGAUCAUAAACCCCAUCAUCUAUGGACUGAUCAGUAAAGACCUGAGGGUCAGCUUUAUCAAACAUUUCUCAACCAGAGUGAGAAACAAAACUUCACAUUAA